AUGUCUCUCUCGAUACCCAACGCCCCAAAUGCCGGCCUGUUCAAGCAGGGCUACCAGAACUACGACGCUGAGGAUGGCGCUGUUAUUCGCAACAUCGACGCCUGCCGCACGAUUGCGCAAACCGUUCAGACCUCGCUCGGACCCUAUGGCCGCAACAAGAUCGUCAUAAACCACCUCCAGAAAAUGAUCCUGACCUCGGACGCUGCCACGAUUCUGCGAGAACUCGAGGUUGUUCACCCCGCCGCAAAGCUGCUUGUUAUGGCGAGCCAGCAGCAAGAGGCUGAGAUGGGCGAUGCGACUAACCUGGUCAUUGUCCUGGCAGGAGAGCUGCUCAAGAAAGCUGAGGAGCUGAUCCGGAUGGGCUUGAAGACAAGCGACAUUGUUCUUGGUUUCGAGAAGGCACAGACUGCGGCUCAGCAGAUUUUGGAAGAGCUUGUAUGCGACAAGGUCGCAGACUUGCGAUCACAAGAAGAACUUAGCAAGGCCAUCCGCACAGUGGUAGCAGCCAAACAGUCUGGCAGCGAAGACUUCCUCGCAGACCUCGUCGCCGAAGCCGUCCUCGCCGUCCUUCCCAAGAACGCCACCAACUUCAACGUCGACAAUGUCCGCGUGGUCAAGAUCAUGGGUGGCAGCCUGGAGCAGAGCAAGGUCGUCAAGGGCAUGGUCUUUGCCAGGGUACCAGAUGGCACCGUUCAAAAGGCCACCAAAGCCAAGGUCGGAGUCUUCUCCUGCCCCAUCGACAUUUCACAGACGGAGACCAAGGGAACGGUCCUGCUACACAACGCGAAGGAGAUGAUGGACUUCACAAAGGGCGAGGAGCAGCAGGUCGAGCAGGUCGUCAAGGAGCUCCACGACUCAGGCAUGCGCGUAGUCAUUGCUGGCUCCACCAUUGGAGAGCUUGCGCUGCACUACCUCAACCGCUACAACAUUCUCGUCAUCAAGGUCCUCUCCAAGUUCGAGCUCCGCCGAUUAUGCCGUGUCGUCGGCGCUACACCGCUUGCGCGUCUCGGUGCGCCUAUGCCAGACGAGAUGGGUUCAAUCGAUGUCGUGGAGACGCUUGAGAUUGGUGGAGACCGCGUUACCGUCUUCAGGCAAGAGAACGACCAGACAAGGACAGCCACACUUGUCUUGCGAGGCGCCACACAAAACCACCUUGACGAUGUCGAGCGAGCCAUUGACGACGGUGUGAACGUAGUCAAGGCCAUCACCCGCGACCCACGACUAGUACCAGGCGCUGGAGCAACCGAGAUGCAGCUCAUCGAGCGCAUCAAGGCCAUCGCCGACCGCACAUCAGGCCUCGCACAGUACUCUAUCCGCAAAUACGGUGAGGCCUUCGAGGUCAUUCCCCGUACUCUCGCCGAGUCAGCUGGUCUUGACGCUACCGAAGUUCUCGCACGUCUUUACGUUUCGCACGCUGCACAAAAGGGUCGCAAGGACGACGAGUGGACGACUGGUGUCGACAUUGAGAAUGAUGACAACACAGGUAUCCUCGACGCAAAGGACGAGGGUAUCCUAGACCUGUGGGUCAGCAAGAGCUGGGCCGUCAAGUUGGCAACCGAGGCUGCACGGACGGUAUUGAGUGUUGACCAGAUCAUUGUUGCCAGGCAAGCAGGUGGCCCCAAGAUGCCCGGAAAGGCACAAGGAGGCAACUGGGAUCAGGACGACUAG